UUUUCCCUCCCUCUGUGUCUGCUGGAGUGGGUGGACGGUGAAGCCAUGAACUGUGCAAUCCAGUCCAGUGCUUCAGAGCAGCCAGUAAAGUGUGCACUAUUGUGUACAGCUGAAAAAAAAAAGAAAGAGAGCAAAAAAGGAGGGGGAAGAAAAGAAACUCAGUCCCUUUGUGUGGAGAGGACCCAGCAGGAAAGCGAUUUUGCAAUUACUUCAGCUUGCCGGCGAAACAAGCUUGGUUCCUCUUAUCUGCACACACUUGCACACUGGACUGUCUCACUCUGCACACUGCUUAUACAAGCACAUAUAAGAGUGAGCGUGUGUUUACGGGCUGCGUCUGGACGCGCUUCGAGAGCCAACAGCAAUGCAAGUCUUCUGCCCCUGAUGAUGAAAGCAGACGUCAGACUAGCCCAUGAAUAUUGAUGCGGAGGUAGUCUGUUUCAUAGACGGAACAGAAGGAAACAAGAUGGCUGCCCUUUAGGAUUUGUUUAAGAGGAGACCUAGACGGUUUGUUGGAAUUCUACAAAGUGGAAGGACUUAAAACAAGGACGCAGAGAGGGCAGCCUUGUGAAUGGACCCUGAGCAGACCAGAUGGAAACAGAAAAGACCAGCCAUGAGACGGAAAAAAGUCUGAUACUUUCACAAAUCAGUGCCACUCAGCAGACAGACCCUCUUCUCACCAAGCGCAAGAAUGGAGAUCCGUCUCAGCAGUUCAAUUGGGACACUAAUUGGAGCCAUUUCAAGCCCAACACAGUAGUUUACCCAACGAAAAGUCAACAGGAGAAUUGUUCUGGGCCUGCUAAUAUGCAAGGGAUAUUGGAUCAAAGCAUGCAUGAGAUGAAUGGACAGAUGAAACAUGCUCUUAGUGAACAGACAUUUUUAGAUUUUCACCAGCCUAAAAAACUCUGCACUGAUUCAGAUGUGAAUGGAAAUUUGGGUCUGAGGCUUUGGGAUAAUAGAGAUGCAGGAAUGGAGAACCAUUUAGAGGGAUUCCCUAAGCAUAAUAAGCCAGGGGAUUUUGAGAUAAAACAUAGUAAAAGAAACUGUAACUUUCCCAAUGGGGAUUUAUUCUUACUGUCAAGGAACAAGCAAGUUCCAAUGCCCAAUGGUGCUACAACAAGCCUACCCUCAGUAAAGGGUACAACUGGUGACCUCUUAGAGAAAACUUUGUCUCAGUAUUACCCAGAGCAUGUGUCCAUCGCACCUCAAACCAACUCAUCUCAAGUAGAUCAGGUCACCAGCAACCUGCCGGAGCAGGAAACUCCUUCACCUUCAUUAACCUCAGGUUUUCCUAUUUCACCCCAAACAUCUGCCUCCGAGCCACUUGCCAAGGCACCCCCAGAAGUACAAGGCAGCAAUGGCUACAAUCCAGAAUUCACAGUGAAUGGAUACUCUAGUUUUGUAGCCAAGCAAAAGAAGCCUACUUAUCCUCUCUCUGACCUGCCAGAUAUGGGAACACAAUUGCUGAGUCAGGAAGCUUCGGAGUCCAAUGUGCCAUCACAGACAGGCAUCAAUGGUUGCUCACAGAUUCAAGAAGAUAGAGAAGGCCUUCCGAACGACUCUGAUUGUUUAAGCAAGUCCAACCAGGAUUUUAGCCGUGAAUCUUAUAUAUUGCCCCCAGUGAUGGCAGGAGCACCAUCACAAAACACUCAGACAGGACAGCAGAACCUACAGAUUAAGGUGCUACAGAAACAACCAACCGAUGAAAGCCUCCAUGACAAUAGAGACUUUUCCUUGCCACAGCAACAGAUUCUUGAGCCACAUAUAGUAGACAACAGGUUGACCUCCCAGGCCUGUACAUCAGCUUCUCCCAAUCAACACAGUAAGCAGAAAAAUAAGCCUAAACCAGAUCAGGAAAAGACAACGUCAGGGAAUACAGAUCACUCAUCCCAGUUGAAAUGGAUAGAUUUAAACUCAGCUUCAGCACCACAGCCAUCUACUGACCACCCCCAGAUGUGGGAUUUUUUCCAUCCACAGACCCACAUGCAGCAGCAUACAGUCACACAGAGCCAAAGUCGUUGUAUAAAUUUCAUGUCCUCAAACAACUUUCGGUCUCAAAAUUUCAGUAAUCCUAGUUCUCCCUCAUAUGAAAAUAAGGCACAAGAUAGUUACAAAAACUCCCUACCUCCUACACAGUUCCCCCACAAUUCUGUCCCUGAAUGUCAACAGAGCAAUUCUGGUAUGCACGAUCAUAGUAACAUGCAACUACAUCCCAAACACACAUCCCAGCAAUUGUGCAAAAAUUAUCAAGACCAGAUACAAUCACAGAGCUUCCUUUCUCAGCCACCACCUGCUGAGCCUCAUCAGCAAGACAACAGCACACUUCCCCAUCAGCUCCCUCAGGAUAGACAGAAUAUGCAAGCAGCUCCACAAUCACAAGAUGUUUCCCACAGCCAGGUAGAUGCACCACUCUUGAAAAGGCUUAAAACAGGCUGCCUUCAUUCAGAAUCCCAGAAGUUAUCUCUAGGUACAGAAACACCAGCACAAACACUGUCUAGUCCAACUAUAAGAGAAAACUCUACAUUUCCAGGCUCGUCUAAGUCAAAUGUACAAUUCUUGACUAAAGAAGCCGAAGCUCUAACAGAAAGAAAACUCCAGCAGAACAUGCAGUACUCUCAGAACACCAGUAAACAACAUCCAAACUACCAGCAACCUCUCCAACACAGGGUACAUAAUAAUUUGGAAUUUCCUAAUUCUCUGAUUUCUCAAUCACAACUGUCACAAGUUUCUAAUAGUCUUCAGAUACCUGCUCAAACAUUUACCAAAGUUGAAUUCCAAAAAUCCUUUGGCCAAAUCCAGAGAGAGUCUCUCCCAAGCCAAGGUGCUCAAGGAGAUUUGCAGAGGCACACAGCCUUGCGAAUGCACCUUCUGCAGAGGCAGGAGCGGCAAGGCCCCAACAACAUCAGGCCAAGUAUGCCGGCCAUAAAAAGUGAAAACCGCUCAAGUUUAGAAACCUCAGCUCAACAUUCACCCAUAGAAGUACAACAGCAAGAUCAAGACAAAACCAAAGUAAUGCCAGUGGUAGUAAAGCAGGAGCAUCCUUCUUCAUCCUGUGAACAAAGCCAACAGAGGAGCAUUCUAGCUACCAUGGAGCAGCAGUUAAAACAGUAUCAGCUCUCACCUGUGUUUGAAAGAAAAUCUUUGGUAAACAAGUCACCCAAUAAGGUGAAGGUAGAGAUGGCUGGGGCUGUGACUGUGCUCUCAACCAGUGCUGAGGGGAAUGUCAAGGAACAGUGUAAACUACAAAACUUCACCCCACCUAAAAAGAUUGAACCUGGGUUACAAACCUUUCUGGAGUCACCCAUGAAGAUGCUUGAUACACCAAUAAAAAACUUGCUAGGUACACCUUUGAAGACACAGUAUGACAUUUCGUCAUGUCAUUGUGUUGAUCAAAUCAGUGAAAGGGAUGAAGGCCCAUAUUAUACUCACUUGGGAUCAGCACCAACUGUUGCAGGCAUCCGCAAAAUUAUGGAGGAAAGAUCCGGACUGACUGGAAGCGCCAUUAGGAUUGAAAAAGUUGUGUAUACGGGAAAGGAAGGGAAGAGUGGGCAGGGCUGUCCCAUUGCUAAAUGGGUAAUACGGAGGGCAAAUGUAGAUGAGAAACUCCUGGUCUUGGUACGAGAGCGGUCUGGUCACUCAUGUGAGACAUCCUGUAUAGUAGUGGUCAUCCUAAUUUGGGAAGGCAUACCAAUCAACCUGGCUGACCGUCUCUACUCAGAACUCAGUGACACUCUAACAAAACAUGGUGCCCUAACCAACCGCAGAUGUGCUCUAAAUGAGGAGAGAACAUGUGCAUGUCAGGGUUUUGAACCUGAUGCCUGUGGAGCUUCUUUUUCCUUUGGUUGCUCAUGGAGUAUGUACUAUAAUGGCUGCAAAUUUGCCAGGAGUAAAAUCCCUCGAAAGUUCAAACUACUUGGGGAUGAUCCCAAGGAGGAGGAGAAACUGGAACAAAAUCUCCACGGCCUUGCAACUUUAAUUGCCCCAACAUAUAAAAAAAUGGCGCCUGAUGCAUACGCCAAUCAGGUAGAGCAUGAACACAGAGCUCCCGAUUGCCGUCUGGGUCUAAAAGAAGGACGGCCAUUUUCUGGAGUUACAGCCUGUCUAGACUUCUGUGCCCAUGCCCACAGAGACCUUCACAACAUGCAGGGGGGCAGUACUGUGGUCUGCACACUAACACGAGAGGACAAUCGUGUCAUUGGAAAAAUUCCUGAGGAUGAGCAGCUACAUGUGCUUCCCUUAUACAUGGCCUCAUCCACUGAUGAGUUUGGCAGUGCUGAGGCUCAGCUGGAGAAGACCAAGACUGGUGCUAUUCAGGUGCUCAGUGCCUUUCGCAGACAGGUGCGUAUGCUACCAGAGCCUGCCAAGUCUUGCCGGCAGAAGAAGCUGGAUGCCAAGAGAGCUGCAGCUAACAAACCAAACAACCCCAACACACCUAACUCCAAAAUGGACAACACCCAGCAAGCAAAGCAGAAACAUGCUGCUUAUGAGAACCCAGGCCAGAACACAACUGUAACAGGCCCAGGUAAUGUGAGAACAAAUCUGGACUCUGGGCAUCUCCCACAUGCUCAUGCUGCCCAUCAGCCUCAGCCUCAGCAGCAGCAUCAGCAGCAACCACAACCUAAUCCUAACCCCUCUUACACUGUCCCACCAUUCCCUAGAUUCUCAAAUGCAUCAGGAACCUUCUUAAACAGCUCAAAAUCAGCAACCACACAUCCUCAAACCCCAUCUUCUGCCGGUCCUUAUCCCUAUCCUUUACAUGCACCCAACUCUUACAUUAAUGUGUCUAAUGCACCCACCCCAUAUCCCAGGUCUCUUACACCCAACCCUCUCUACACUGGUUACCAAUGUAAUGGAGGACUCCCCGUGGACAACUACCACCCUUACUACUCUUCCAAUCUAAAGCAUCCAGAUAUGUAUCAUCCCCAGAGAAAUUCACUGUACUCUGAGCAGCAGUACAAUGCACCUCAACAUUACGGGGUAAACUACCCACCACACUAUGGAGAGCCUAGCUUGCCAACCAAUGGUUAUGGCACCUGUAACAUGAAACCUGGCAUGCACUCCAUAGGAUGUUACCCAGGUUAUGGUCCUAAUAUGCCACCUGAUGCUUUCUCCAGGCCUCCCUCAGCCCAUCUACAUUUGGACUAUGCAGCUAUCGGCAAAAGCAGCCAGUUUGAAGCUUACCCCAAACCUCAUAUGUCACAGAAUCCUCAGAUGUUUCCCCCAAAUCUAAAUAUCUUAAGUAUGCAAAAUAAUAAAGAUUUAGAGAUAAACAUGCAUGGAGCAAAUGGUAUCUCUCAGGUGUUUCCUCCUUUGGGUACUGAAUGCUUCAACCCAAUCCAACCUCCAGGUUUGAGGCUUUCCAGUGAAAAUGCCCUUAACCCCAUAGUCAAACAGGAACCCCCUACCCAGACUUCAGAACAAAAAGAAAAGGAGGAUGUGUGGUCUGACAGUGAGCACAACUUCCUUGAAUCUGAAAUUGGAGGAGUGGCAGUGGCACCUAGUCAUGGGUCAAUCAUUAUUGAGUGUGCUAAGCGGGAGCUCCAUGCGACUACACCACUCAAGAAGCCUGACCGCAACCAUCCCACCCGUAUCUCUUUAGUGUUUUACCAGCACAAGAACUUGAAUGAGGCAAAACAUGGACUGGCUCUGUGGGAAGCAAAGAUGGCAGAGAAGGCCAGAGAGAAAGAGGAGGAUGCUGAGAAGCAUGGUACUGAAAAUACAUCCAGCAAGAGCAGUGGAAAGAAGGUGAAAAGAGAACAUUCAGAACCUUCUGAACCUUCAGAGCCUCCGUAUAAGCAGUUCCUUCUCAUGCUUAAUGAGCGGUCAACAUCCUGCACUACCAAUACAUAUGUAAGCACAUCUCCCUAUGCCUUCACCAAGGUGACUGGGCCUUACAAUCAAUUCCUGUAAAAACCUCCAUAGGUCCAGAGCAUUCACAAACACAAGAGCAAGAGUGGCAUCAGACAAAGUAAAUGGUGCUACAAUAUAGUGUUGCAGACCUCUGUGCCACUGGCCAAAUAACCCAUAAUGCUUGCUCAGUUUGUGUGAAGUUAUUAACAGUAGAUAGAUUCAGUAUCCUUCUAUAUGGAAAGACAGAUCACAGUGGGUUUUUCAUGCUCUUAAGAAGUCAAGCUUUACUGUUUAAUCAAUUAGAAAUAUUAAUUUAUUAUUGAAUUACUCUAUGAUAACACACUGUUCUUCAUCCAUGGUGCUUAGAGUCCAACAAAUCAUGGACAUGGCCAUAUUACUGGAAAAAAAUACUCAUGUUUGGUGACUUUUAUGGCUAAUCACUGUUUUAUGGUGCUAUGGAGAGUUUUCAAUGCAAAUGUGUUUUCAAAUGCCUUUCUUUAACAACACACAACAAAACACCUUGUAUAAUAUUUUGAAGUAAUACAGUUAUUUUGAUCGAGCAAUUAAGAAAAUUUUGCUUAAUUAGUGUUUAAGAAGCACUUUUUUAAUAAUAGUGAUUUAAAAUUACUUUAUGCCCUCCAAUUUGAAAGACAAUUCAUUACACUGCAGCCAUUUUAGUUUCACAACGUGGAAUACAAUAAUGAUGACCUCCAUGGUGGAUAGUCAAACAUCAUGUUUCAGCCUUUUAAAGAAUUUCUCUGGUGCUUACACAAUUUCAGAAAUCCUUUAUACUUACUGUAUGUGAGCCAUUGAGGGUUAAUUUUGUAAGAAUAAUGUUCUGAUUCACUAAAACUGUGACAUUUCAGAAUACUGAAUACUGAUACUUGGAGUGAAGAAAGACAAUGGUCAAUAUUAGGUCAUUGAAGCAUGUAUCAAGGAACACAUAACAAGGUUACCUUUGCAUCAAUGUCACUGCUUCAAAGGCAGCUGGCUUGGCUUGCUGUGGCGGUCCUUACAUAAUGCAACUUUAGCUGUAUAAAAAAGUUGAGAUUUGUACAGUAAAUUAUUAUUAUUAUUAUUUCGAAUGUAUGCUUAGAUAAUAGUUUAGUAAAGAUGAGUACUAUUACUUUGGGUUUGAACUGAUCUUAUUUCAAAUGGUGCUACUUGACCUGCUAUACAUAUAAUGUGAGAAUUUCUAAGGGUGUUGAGAGGGCUUAUGAAUGACGUAGAAAAACCUACUUAUCAUAUACCUCAGAACUAGUUUGGCAAUAGAAUUAUAAUACCAAGGUGUUUCUGUUAUUUUAUUUCCAAACACUUUGUAGCAAAUAUAACACAGACCUUAAGGCAUUUCUCUCAUUUCUUACUUUCUUCACACUUGAUCUAUUAGAAAGUAUUACUUGACCUUCAUGUUUCAAUGGAAUUGCAAAAUCAGGGAUAUCAGCUAAUUUCAGUGCAUAAACAUCACUUGUGUUCAUGUUGUCUUCUCUAAAUCAGGUUUGAGCCUUUGUAUUUUAAAUCGAUCUAAAUUUCUUGUAUAUACUACACACAUAUCCAACUUUGUUAUAAAACUAAAAGAAUCUGAAUUUGUGUAUUGUUGAAGCAGAAUGUUGAUAAACUUUUCAAGAAGUAAUUUGAAAAUAUUUUAACAUGCACUGAUUUAAAGGGAAAGUGUCGCAACCUAUAUUAAGCAAUGCAGUUGCUCUUUACUGAAAGGUAAGACCAAGUCAGUUAAGCUAUUGUGUGCACAUUAGUUGCAUAUGUACAGCUUGAGGCUAAAUGUAUUCACAACCACUAAGCAUGGUAAUGCCUCUUACACAACCCUGUCCACUGAAUCAAAUUAGAAAAGUGAUGAAUAAUUGGUAAUGAAAUAUAUACAGGUCAUUCCACUCUGACAUAAAAAAUUAAAGCACUUCAUUUGUUUUUUUCAGAAAUAAUACAAAAAAUGUAUGUAAAUUCAAAAUAGGUAGAUCAUUGUAAAUUUAAUAGAUUAUGCCACAUUGAAUAUACCACAUGCUUGCAUUGCAGAAGUCUAAGUCCAUGUUAUGUACAAAGUUUAAUUUAACGUUAAAAGUACCAUCACUCCACACAUAUAAUAAUCAUAGAUUUUGCCCCUAAAAUCUGUCUUGUUGGUAUUCAG